CAGACACAUGAGUAUGAGUGAACCCAUCUUGGAUCAGCCCACCCCAGAUGACUGUAACCACUUGCGUAGUCCAAGGCAAGACCAGCAGAAAAAUCACCCAGCUGCUUUCAGAAUCUGUAAAAACAAAAAGUGAUUGCUUUAGUCCACCUGAGAUGUCCUGAAAUGGUCUCACUGAUCGGAAAUUGGUGAGUGCAGCGGGACUGCAGUGUUCCUGCAGGGCGCCGGCCGCCCACCUGUCAGAGGCUGAGCCAGGAGUAUGCGGAAGAAAUUUCUGCCUUGGGUCCCAAGAUGCUGACAGUCCCAAUUCUAAGUCUUAAGUCUGCCAACGCUCCUGGUCCCCAAAAGAAUACAAGUGAAUUCAGGCCAAUGUCCCACCACCCACUGCCUCAAAAGGUCUCUGGGAUAGUCAGUGCCCUCCGCCCCACCUCUCGGGGGCUGUAGGGGAAUAGCUCAGAGCCCGGGUGCCGUGGACGUCGUGAGACUGGUCUCGGAGGCAGCGUUGACAGAGCCGGACACGUGACAGUCAGAGUCACGUUCUGCGGUUUGCGAGGCUGGGACCAAGCUGCUCACGUGACGCGAGGGGCGCCAUGGGGUGAUGUGAGAUGCGGGUCUUUUUCGAUUACAUAGAAAUGACGCAUUCCCACCCCUUUUGGCAACAGAUUUCCGUUGGAAGAAGCGACGGUUCCGGUAAAGGGGGAGGGCUCUAGCAUUGAAGCAGUUUUGCUUCCGUUCGGGGCUCUAUAGCUUCCGACCUCGCCUUUCCCUCGGGCGAGGAAGAGACGCGACCUGCUGCGCAUGCCCCAACUAUCCCAGAGGGGCGGGGCUGAGGCUACGGGAGCGGGAGGGGGGGAAGAAAAGGGAAUUCCAACCUGUGGAACUUGGGGGGUCCUGAAGUCGGCUCCUUCCCAUUGACUGUGGACAGUGCGAGGGUCAGGGUCUUUGGCGGCUCAUGAGGGUGUUGGGGUCCGCAGGGUGAGGGAGGGGGCUGUCAAUGCGAGUGGGGUGCGGGACUUCCAAACUUAGAAUCUUGAGGCCCUCUGGGCUCAGACGCCGGGGAGAGAGCUCCCGCCGCCAUGCGGGACAGGACCCGCGAGCUGAGGCAGGGGGAUAACAGUUCGGACGAUGAGGACAAGGAGCGAGUUGCGCUGGUGGUGCACCCGGGCACAGCUCGGCUGGGGAGCCCAGACGAUGAGUUCUUCCAGAAGGUCCAGACAAUUCGGCAGACUAUGGUCAAGCUGGAGAAUAAAAUCCGGGAGUUGGAGAAGCAGCAGGUCACCAUCCUGGCCACGCCCCUUCCCGAGGAGAGCAUGAAGCAGGACCUGCAGAACCUGCGUGAUGAGAUCAAACAGCUGGGAAGGGAGAUCCGCACUCAGCUGAAGGCCAUAGAGCCUCAGAAGGAGGAAGCUGAUGAGAAUUCUAACUCCGUCAACACGAGAAUGAGAAAAACCCAGCAUGGGGUCCUGUCCCAGCAAUUUGUGGAGCUCAUCAACAAGUGCAACUUGAUGCAGUCUGAAUACCGGGAAAAGAACGUGGAGCGCAUACGGAGGCAGCUGAAAAUCACCAAUGCUGGAAUGGUUUCUGAUGAGGAGCUGGAGCAGAUGCUGGACAGUGGGCAGAGUGAGGUGUUUGUAUCCAAUAUACUGAAGGACACACAGGUGACUCGACAGGCCCUAAAUGAGAUUUCAGCUCGGCAUAGUGAGAUCCAGCAGCUUGAACGCAGUAUCCGUGAGCUUCAUGAGAUCUUCACUUUUUUAGCAACUGAGGUGGAGAUGCAGGGGGAGAUGAUCAACCGGAUAGAAAAGAACAUCCUGAGCUCAGCAGACUAUGUGGAACGUGGGCAGGAACAUGUCAAGAAAGCUCUGGAGAACCAGAAGAAGGCGAGGAAGAAAAAAGUCAUGAUUGCCAUCUGUGUGUCCAUCACUGUUCUCAUCCUAGCUGUCAUCAUUGGCAUCACCACAGCAGUUGGAUAAUGUUGCUCAUUCUCGGUAUGGGGAGUACCAGGGACUGGGGCCUGGCCUUCUCUCCCAUCAGCUGUGGGGGCAGGGCAGAGUCUCCAGCUGGACCCCUGUCUGGACACUGGCCCCUGCGCAAAGGGGCAGAUGGUUCUUUCAGGAUUGACAGCUGCUUAUUCGGGGGGCCUCCCCCUUCAGGCCAUGAUGCCUGGGGAAGGGCCUGUAGUGUCCUGUUUGACUGGGACACAUGGUUUUGUAAAAAAAUUAAAAA